AUGCAGGAAAUGCAGGUUGACAGUGGCAUCUUCGGAUACAUUAACUAUCUGGUGGAGAAGGACCGCCGUUACAUAAUUGACACUCUUGUCAACGGCCUUUCCCGACUCGAAUAUCGAGGAUACGACUCGGCUGGUCUUGCUGUGGAUGGUGACAAGAAGAAUGAAGUGUUUGCUUUCAAGGAGGUGGGCAAGGUGGCAAAGUUGAAGCAGCUCAUCGAGGACGAGAAGCCAGAUUUCACAAAGAUCUUCGAUUCCCACGCAGGAAUUGCACACACCAGAUGGGCAACUCAUGGUCCGCCAUCUCGCAUUAACUGCCAUCCUCACAGAUCCGACCCAACAUGGCAAUUCUCCGUCGUUCACAAUGGCAUUAUCACCAACUACAAGGAGUUGAAGACUUUGUUGACAUCGAAGGGAUUCAAGUUCGAGACUGAAACUGACACCGAAUGUAUUGCCAAGCUUGCGAAGUACCUCUACGACCAACACCCGACCAUUGGCUUUACAGAUUUGGCGAAGGCCGUCAUCAAGGAGUUGCAGGGAGCCUUUGGUCUUUUGAUGAAGUCCGUCCACUACCCACACGAAGUCAUUGCCGCCAGAAAGGGUUCUCCGUUGGUUAUUGGUGUACGAACACAGAAGCGCAUGAAGGUGGACUUUGUCGAUGUUGAAUAUACCGAGGACGGUCCUCUCCCAGCUGAGCAAGCAUCCCAGAACGUGGCUCUGAAGAAGUCAAAUGUUGGAAACUUCCUCAGCGCUGGCAAUCUUCUUGCACCACCCGACAAAUCCCUGUUGCACCGAUCACAAUCGCGUGCCUUCAUGACCGAUGAUGGAGCACCAAUGCCAACGGAGUUCUUUCUUUCCUCUGAUCCAUCUGCGAUUAUUGAGCAUACGAAGAAGGUCAUGUACCUCGAAGACGACGACAUUGCACACAUCCACGAAGGUUCCCUCAAUAUCCACAGACUUACAAAGGCCGAUGGUUCUUCCAACGUCCGAACUAUCCAGACCCUUGAGCUUGAGCUCCAGGAGAUCAUGAAGGGCAAGUUCGACCAUUUCAUGCAAAAGGAAAUUUUCGAACAACCCGAGUCCGUGAUCAACACGAUGAGAGGUCGUCUUGAUGUUGAGAACAAGUUAGUUACAUUGGGUGGCCUGAGAUCAUACAUCGCAACAAUCCGUCGCUGCAGAAGAAUCAUCUUCAUUGCUUGCGGAACCAGUUACCACUCGUGCAUGGCUGUUCGAGGAGCCUUCGAGGAGCUGACUGAAAUUCCCAUUGCGGUUGAAUUGGCUUCAGAUUUCCUGGACAGACAAGCACCCGUCUUCCGCGACGAUACUUGCGUCUUUGUCUCUCAGUCUGGCGAGACUGCUGAUUCUCUGAUGGCUCUGCGGUACUGCCUGGAGCGUGGUGCAUUGACUGUUGGUAUCGUCAAUGUUGUCGGUUCCUCUAUCUCCCUCCUCACCCACUGUGGUGUACACGUCAACGCUGGUCCCGAAAUUGGUGUUGCAUCAACCAAGGCCUAUACGUCGCAAUUUAUUGCAAUGAUCAUGUUUGCGUUGUCUUUGAGCGAGGACCGCGCCUCAAAGCAGAAGAGACGAGAGGAUAUCAUGGAAGGCCUUGGCCACAUCUCCGAACAGAUCAAUCAGAUUCUGAAGCUGGAUCAACCGAUCAAGGAAUUGUGUGCCAGAGUUUUCCACAACCAGAAGAGUUUGCUGCUGUUGGGCAGAGGCAGCCAAUUCUCUACUGCGUUGGAGGGUGCUCUCAAGAUCAAGGAAAUUUCCUACCUCCAUUGCGAGGCUGUCAUGUCUGGAGAGCUGAAGCAUGGUGUUCUGGCCUUGGUAGAUGAGAACUUGCCUAUCAUCAUGAUUCUUACCCGUGAUGAUAUCUUUGCUAAGUCCCUUAACGCUUACGAACAAGUCGUUGCUCGUGGAGGCAGACCGAUUGUUAUCUGCAAUCCCAACGACGAGGAGUUCAAGACUGGGCAAGCCGAGAAGAUCGAGAUCCCCAAGACCGUCGAUUGCUUGCAAGGCCUCUUGAACGUCGUCCCUCUCCAACUGAUGGCCUACUGGCUCGCAGUCGCUGAGGGCUUGAACGUCGAUUUCCCUCGUAACUUGGCCAAGUCCGUCACGGUGGAGUAAUGGAUUUAAUGGGUACGGGGCGUGCUCCUGUUUGUUUGAUAUGAUUAGCGAAUGGGAAAUGGGUGGGAAACCGGUAUGGUGAAUCAUGGCUAGUGACUGGUUAGAUACUCUUUUGCGAAGACCGCGUGUACUUUAGUGCAAUGGAAUUUUGAUGAAUAAGUUCUCGUCUGAAUACUCCGUAAUUUGGAAAGUAGAAUACCUAAAAUGAGAUUCUUUCGAGUGUCUCGCCCGAAAGUUCG